AGCGUCAGUCGUUCUCAGGACAAACUGUUUGCACUGUGAACUUGUGUUUGUGAGCGUUUCUGUGUUUUCAGUGUCUCUGACCUUUGAUCAGUUCAGAACAAACAUGGCGUCUGUCAGCGGAGAAACGAGGCGACUCUUCAUCCUACGACUCCUCAUCGCUUCUAUCCCAGCAUGCACUGGGCUUCCUGGAGCAGGUGUGUUUGUGAGCAGACCUGAGGCCAGUGUUGUCCUGCACCGCAGUCGUCGGGCCAACUUCCUGUUUGAAGAGUUGAAGCAAGGGAACCUGGAGCGAGAGUGUCUGGAGGAGAAAUGUUCCUACGAGGAGGCCAAGGAAAUCUUCACCGUGCCACAACAGCUGGAGGCGUUCUGGGGGACUUACACAGCGCCGGAUCACUGCCUGUCCUCCCCCUGUAAGAACGGAGCCACCUGUACCCGCCAUAUAGACACCUAUACCUGCAAAUGUGCACCUGGUUUCCAUGGAUACAACUGCGACAAAGCGCGUCUGACCUCCAGCAGCUGUCGCUAUAGAAACGGAGGAUGUGAACAUUUCUGCAGAGAGUUUCCGGAUCGUUCUUACACCUGUUUCUGUGCCUCAGGAUACAGGCUGGAUCGGGACAACAGCACCUGCCAGCCCCAAGACGCUGCUCCCUGUGGAAGACCACAGAUCCACUUUAGCCCCAGGGUUGUUAACGGGCAAAUCUGCCCCAAAGGACACUGUCCAUGGCAGGCUCUGUUGACUGAAAACAAUGAGUACACCUGUGGAGCCAUCGUCCUGUCAGAUCAGUGGAUCCUGACUGCUGCUCACUGCGUCUGGAAGAAACCUGUCGCAAUCUUCCACGUCAUCGUCGGUGAACAUGACCGAGAGGAGGAAGAGAAGAGCGAGCAGAGGCGGCGGGUGGUCAAAGUUCUGAUCCACCCUCGUUACAACAAGACCAGCUCCGACAGCGACCUGGCCAUGCUCAAGCUCUACCGCCCAGUCAAAAUGGGACUCCACGUGGUGCCCAUCUGCCUUCCCGCCCUCAACACCACCUUCAUCAGGACACUGGCGACCGUCCGCCACUCCACCGUGUCCGGUUGGGGCCGCCUGGCGCAGCACGGUCCGCCCGCCAGAUUCCUCCAGCGCCUGGUGCUGCCCAGGGUCCCUCUGCAGGAGUGCCGCCUCCACACCAAGCUCAAUAUCACCAGGAACAUGCUCUGCGCCGGCCACAAGACCGGAGGGCAGGACGCCUGCGAGGGCGACAGCGGCGGCCCUCUGGUGACCCGCUACAAGAAGACCUGGUUCCUGACGGGCGUGGUGAGCUGGGGGAAGGGCUGCGCCAACGAAAACCUGUACGGGGUCUACACCAAAGUCAGCAACUUCCUGGGCUGGAUUGAGGACAUGAAGUCCACUGGCUGAAACUGGUUCAGAUACUGGGACCAGACCCAAACUGGACCUGUCACCAAAAAGAUAAUUCAUCAGCUGAUUAUUUUUCACAAAUAACUUAUUAAUCAUUUGGUCUUUAAAAUGGUUAAAAGUUCAUCUAUAGUUACUAAUGCUGUGUAAUAUCUAUCUUUUUGUGUUGUGUAAUUAAAGACUUGUUAGAUUCAUGGUCAGUUUAAAUAGUUAUUGACCCUGAAGGCAUCAUUUUACUCCUUUAUGGGUUAUUAUUAAAAAAUGUCAUUUUGUUGGAAAUAAAGAGAAAGUGAGAACUGGGA